AAUCACAGAGCCGGAGCAUUUGUUUUGACCUCGAGGAAUGUUCUUGGGCUUCAACGUCGUGGCGAAGUCGGAGAGAUAAUCGGCAACGAUUAUUCUACAGAGAGAGAGUGUGUGCGUGUGCCGGCUAAAGUGCGCCGCUUGGAGAGAGAAUGAAACGAGUGAAUGACAAAUCCCCCGCCUUCCCUUCUUUCUCUCGCAAUUGACUCUGCCCUCCUUAACCUAUCGAGCAUUUCCGAUCUCUCCCCCAUUCCCGAACACAUCCUCGUCGAUCUCUUCGCGAGAACUCUGAGAGCUGGGAAGUUGACUGAGAAGAUUUUGAAACUAUUUAUUGCUACGAACAAAGAAGAAAUCCUUUCUCUUGUUGAGGCUCUUAAUAUCCAGCAUGUCAUCACCCCUGUUCUUCCGACCAUAAGCAUUGAUGAUAAUGAGGUUGAUAUUGUGAUCGGUGCCGUCAACUCUGAUCUUACACCUUUCAUGGAAAAGUGGAGACCUGUAUUCUCACGGUUUCAUCUAAUAAUUGUCAAAGAUCCUGAUCUCAAUGAGGAGCUCAAAGUAUCAGGUGGCUUUGAUCUUGAUGUUUAUACGGUAGCUGAUAUGAAACAAGUUGUGGGUUCUUUAUAUGAUACUAAUCUCUUUUCUGGUUAUUCUUGCCGCUACUUUGGUUAUAUAAUGUCGCGGAAAAAGUACAUUAUCUCGAUUGAUGAUGACUGCAUCCCUGCCAGGGACAACAAGGGUGACUUGGUUGAUGCUGUGGACCAGCAUCUUACCAAUCUUGCAACUCCAGCUACACCUUUUUUCUUUAACACACUUUAUGAUCCUUUCUGUAAGGGAGUAGAUUUUGUUCGUGGUUACCCAUUUAGCUUACGGAGUGGGGUGAAAUGUGCCAUGUCAUGUGGUUCAGUGCUUAAUUUACCUGACUAUGAUGCGCCUACACAAGCCCUCAAGCCUUCGCAGAGGAAUACUCGAUAUGUUGAUGCUGUUCUGACUGUUCCCGCAAGGACGAUGAUGCCAAUAAACGGAAUAAACAUAGGUUUUGAUCGUGAAUUGCUAGGUCCUGCUUUGUUGCCAGCCUUGAGGUUGGCUGGAGAAGGGAAGUUUAGGUGGGAAACGAUGGAAGACAUAUGGUGUGGAAUGUGUGUGAAAGUGGUAUGUGACCACAUUGGGUUCGGUGUCAAAACUGGGCUUCCAUAUGUAUGGAGAAACGAAAGGGGUAAUGUUGUGGAGAGCUUGAAGAAAGAGUGGGAAGGGGUGAAGCUGAUGGAGGAUGUGGUCCCUUUCUUUCAGUCAGUCAUGUUGUCUAAGGAAGCAGUUUCUGCUGAGGAUUGUGUAGCUGAGAUUGCUGCAGCAGUGAAGAAGCAGUUGGGACCAUUAAAUCCGGUGUAUUCUCGUGCCGCUGAUGCCAUGAUGGCUUGGAUCAAGUUAUGGAAGAAGGCUGGAGUUGGAUCACUAUCCCCAGUUGCAUGAGGGGAAUUCAGAGCAUGAUCCUUACUCUUUGGUCCAUGGGAAGCUCUCCACACUGAUCUAACUUUAUUUCCUGCUAAAUUCCUAGUGGAUAAGCUUUGCUGCAGCAGAGGUACAAACCAGUGGUUUCAAAUAAUGAAGUCGAGUCCAUAAUUUGGUGUUCCAGUUAGUUGUUAGUUAAUUGCAUCCUUAGACUCUCUACCUGGCCCGCCAUAUGAUGUGAUUUGUUCCAACUCAAUUAGGGGCUUGGUUUUUUGGCAUAUGGUUGCGUACCAAAGGACUUUAAAGCCUAUGGAUAUUAGACUUCUUAUUUACUGUCUCCACUGAUGAUGGUUCUUGUUAAGGGUGAAAAUAUUACUGUUUAUUUUUAUUAUUAUUAUUAUUAUUUAUGUU